AUGCGCAUCCACACGGCAACGCAGCGUCGUGUACCGUCGUCUACCAUGUCGCUGGAUAAUUGUCUCGAUCCGUCCCUGAUGGAUACGAGUGUACCGGCCGUCUUUCCACCCGCAAUUAGACGCUACCCGCACAAUGGACUUACUGCAGCGGAAGAAUUCCAACAGGAUUCAUCUCAGCGAACACAGGAAUCGGUCGGUCAUGGUGUUUUGUUUGGCACCACGCGCACGUUACCAACCGUGUCGGAGCGUGUCGUUGGUUAUGGCAGACGAUCGAACGAUUACGAUGACAACGGAAUCGAAGUGCAACAGUUGGCAAACGGUGAUCUGGCACUGAUCGGUAAUCGACUAUGCCGGGAAGAUUCCGGCAUUAGUAUAAACGAUCCUCAUCAGCAGGAGGGUCGGUUUGAGAGGUUGAAGAAAAUUUGCUCAUUUGGAACGCUAUCGUCUGGCGGUGUAGGGGGUGGUGGUGCUAGUGGCUCCGACUCGGUAGGAUCGAAUGGAAUUAGUAGGAGUCAGCACUGGAUGAUGUUGAUCACACCCGUAGUGUCGAGCUUCUCUUUGGCUCUCGUAAUAGCCGCAGUUGUUGGACCUCAGUGGUUACUGACGGAGGAAAAAAUACCGAUAACUACGUACAACAGCAGUACGCACGGAGUUGGCACGAUGGCGGUACCGACCAGUGCCACCACCAACAGUCUCCUUCACAACCAGCAGCUCAACAUACAGCAUCCACACUUAAUACCAGCGACGAAGGACGAUGGCACCGGGGCUUUUCUGACCAAGUACACCAAAUCCUCGCUCUGGGAACUCUGCAGUAAGUAUAGCGGUGGUACGGCCGCCCCGGGUCCGUCAUCGCAGCCACAACUGGUGGGGAACGAAUUCCACUGCUCCAAAAUCGAUUAUUUCCCGAGCGAAGGGUACAGCCCGGAUCCGAACGAUUCGACGAAUGCAAUUCCCUAUACCGUAACGCAUUCGUCACCGUUCUUUCUCGCCUCGAACGGUGUCCUCAUCGUAAGCUACGGUCUGUUCCUGGUGGCCAUGUGCUCGACGAAGCACAAAAUCUGCUACUUCGUCUCCGGGGUGCUAUUUAUAAUAUCCGGGUUGCUGAUGCUGAUUGGGCUGAUAAUGUACAUCUCAAUACUGAAGGCAGAAAUAGGUUCGAAGCUGCGGCCAAGGUCGUCGCUGCAGGCGCCACAGUUCACAUUCCGCUACGGGCAAAGCUUCCUGCUGUAUGUGUUCGGGUUCAUCAUCACCGAGCUGUCGGGCAUCCUGAAUGUGCUGAUCUACUCGAAUGUGCAGCAGCAGGACGAGUACAGUGUGCACGACAGUGGCCACUCGGGCUACCACACCUACCAGAACCUUUCCGGUGGCAUCCAGUACAAUCUGCACUAUCGGCGCGAGCUACCUUCUGCCGGUGGUGAUGAGCUCGUCAAGGGCCAGAACGGCCCACCGAUCGUUGACUACCGCUAUCCCUACGAUGGGCUCGACCGUGAGACCACACCGAGAUACUACUUCGAGCAGCAGCAACAGCAGCAGGAUGAUGACGGCGAAGUCGAUUGUCGUCUGCACAGACGCGCGGCGUUUGGACGUAUGGCGAAUGAGGGGAUGUCCAAGAGUCUCACGGAUCUGCUCUACAUGGAACCGAGCCAGGUAUAUCCCGAUCGGGAGCUCGCUCAAUCACGUGUGCGUACCAACGGAGACGGACAGCGCACGGAUCGUCCGUCACCAAUCGCAAACUUGGAAUUCUCACACUGGUCCUCAACGGGUAAGCUGACGCGAAGCGUAUCAACCUACACAGAUCUGCUACCGGUAAGCGAUUUUGUCGAGCAAGACACGGUACGCACGCGACGAGCACGUUCCCGCUCACCAUCGCGCAGUGAUGACGAACCUGCCAAUGAAAAACUGAGCAACAUCUGUGGCCUUUCCCGCCACUACCUGUCCCGGGAGCUAUCCAAGGAAAAGCUGUUCAACGAGUUCUGCAAAAAGGUUGGACCACGACCGAAGCCCAAGGACAUCUACUACAUCGAGAGCGAUGGACGCAACGGUGACAACAGCUACCGUAGCGUGUUUGUAGUGGAACCACCGUCGUCCCCAUUUGCAGCUCGCAACCGAUCCUCACAGCGAAGGCGCAAUUCGAUGGCGGAUACGCGACGCAGCAGGGUGACUGCUCACGAACCGUUCGCCUAUGCGUCCAACUAUCGUCACCGCAUACAUUCGGACAACUCGUUGGAUGGUUUGGAGCACGACGCACAAGGCGGAUACAAGCGGCGUCGGGAUCCGAUCGGGCGGGCUCGUUCGGUGGACUACAGGCAAACGUUACCACGCAACUUUCAGCAGCGCCACGCGGGAACCAGCGAGCCGGAGGACGAAACUGGAGGAUUCGGCGAACGGGUAGCGCUGGAGCGGAAGCGUGUGUCCGCUAGUGGACUUUUGCUGGAACCCGAACGGGUUAAUGUGUCGCAUGGAGAACUCUCGUCGGAUACCCGAACUGGUCGAUGGCACAGAAGUGGAGAACACUUUUCGCUGCACAAUGAUGCCGAAAGAGACAUCAGAGUAGCGGACAAAACGCAUUGCCCUAAAUAUCUGGAUCCACCUCCACCGGCCUACACAUCCGCGCUGUCCACCACUGGACAACAGCCACAACCGCAAAGAGAUAACGUUGCAUCCUCAUCGCAUAUGUACCGGAGCUACGGUGAUUUAUCUUCCCAGCAGGACUUCCGCCGACCAACGAUCCUAUCGCCCCACGUCUUUUCACCGAUCAAUCAAACGACCACAUCGCCCGCAUUGCGUCCCAUUCUUACUGUAGUGCAGCAGCAACCGCACCGGCACGUCCAUCAUCAGCACCAUCGCCAUACUUCCGUGCAACAAGAGCAGCAGCAGCAGCAGGGUUCGCCAGUGUUCGAUCUGGAUCGCAUCGAGCAGGAAAGGCGCAAAUCUCACUCGCAGCUUUUUCUCAACAGCCCAGCCAGCAGUUCGACGGUGGAGCAAUAUGAUUUCGUUAACGGUACAGCCGUUUAGAGA